AUGGAGGAGGAGUCGCCGGAAAGGGAAGAGAGGAAAUGGAGAAUAACUGGGAAAGACUUUUCUCAAGAGAUGAAGAAGGUGGGUUGCAUUGCCGCGCCGAUGGUGGCCGUCGCAGUUUUCCAGUACCUCCUUCAAGUUGCGUCGGUGAUGAUGGUCGGCCAUCUCGGCCAACUCUCGCUCUCUAGCGUCGCCAUUGCCACUUCUCUCACUAACGUCACCGGCUUCAGUCUUCUUUCGGGGCUGGUUGGUGGUCUCGAGACCCUUUGCGGGCAGGCUUAUGGAGCGCAGCAAUAUCACAAGCUCAGUGUUUACACUUACAGUGCUAUAAUCUCUCUAUUCCUGGUGACUAUGCCGAUUUCUGUGUUGUGGAUUUUCAUGGAUAAAUUACUGGUUUUAGUGGGACAAGAGCCCUCCAUCGCCAUUGAAGCCAAGAAAUACUCGUUGUGGCUUAUUCCUGCACUGUUGGGGGGAGCUAUUCAGAAGCCACUGGUUCGAUACCUGCAGACUCAGAGCUUGACUCGUCCGCUGCUCUUAAGCUCCUUGGCCGCUCUUUGUUUCCACGUUCCAGUUUGCUGGGCUAUGAUAUUCAAGCUUGGGUUGGGAAACAAAGGGGCAGCCAUAGCCUUCAGCUUGGCUAACUGGUUAUACAUUGUGAUCCUUGUGGUUUAUGUCAGAUAUUCCAGUUCGUGUGAGAAGACCCGAGCUGUUCCCUCCAUGGAUUCUUUUCGUGUUAUCGGCCAAUUCUUUCGCCUUGCCGUUCCUUCUGCUGUUAUGGUUUGUCUUAAAUGGUGGUCGCUUGAGUUACUUAUUUUGCUUUCUGGGUUGUUGCCUAACCCAAAACUUGAGACAUCGGUGCUGUCAAUAUGCUUAACAAUCUCUACAUUACACUUCACAGUAUCGUAUGGAUUCGGAGCUGCUGCAAGCACCCGAGUUUCGAACGAGUUGGGGGCUGGGAACCCACACAAGGCUCGACUUGCAGCCUGCACGGUGACGUUUGUUGCAGCCGUGGAGACCUUCACAGUAAGCGCAGCUCUGUUUCUCUGCCGGCAUUUUGUGGGGCGAGCCUACAGCAGCGAGAAGCAAGUGGUGGAUUACAUUGCAGCAAUGGGCCUUCUUCUCUGCAUCUCCAUUGUCACUGACACCUUCCAAGCAGUCAUUUCUGGCAUUGCAAGGGGGAGUGGGUGGCAGCAUAUUGGGGCGUAUGUGAAUCUGGGGGCGUUUUAUCUGAUUGGAAUUCCAGUUUCUCUAGUUCUGGGCUUCAUUCUUCACCAGAGAGCAAAAGGGUUCUGGAUUGGAAUAGUAAUUGGCUCCGCUGUGCAGGCUGCUGUUCUAUCCACCAUAACAGCCUUCACCGACUGGCAAGAACAGGCGACAACGGCCGAGGAAAGGAUAUCAGAAGGCAGAGAAUCCCAGGACAAGUUUAGUCAUUAAUGUCUGCGCACACCAUAUAAGAAAAACAAUUUUGCUCGGGAGAAUGUUUAAUUUGGACAUCAAUUUCGAUACACUUCUGUAUUAUUAUCC